UUUCGGACUCAUAUCUUGCUCUUAGGCCUGCUGACACUAAUCCUUGCCAACUCUCUGGCUCCUACUGGGAUUGUAUCAGCGAGUCAUGACUCGGCUUCAUUCAAUAGGAGCAGUUUUCCGGCCGGUUUCAUUUUCGGGACUGCAUCUUCUGCUUACCAAUAUGAAGGCGCAGCAAAAGAGCAUGGCAGAGGCCCAAGUAUAUGGGAUGUUUUCACUCAUGAAUACCCAGGUAAGAUAAAGGACCAUAGCAAUGGGGACAUAGCAAUUGAUUCUUAUCAUCGAUAUAAGGAAGACGUGGCGAUAAUGAAGGAUAUUGGGUUGGACGCAUACAGAUUCUCCAUCUCUUGGUCUAGGGUUUUACCUCAUGGAAAACUAAGUCGAGGAAUAAACAAGGAAGGCAUUCAAUAUUACAACAACCUUAUCAACGAGCUUCUAUCCAAAGGAAUCCAGCCCUUCGUAACUUUAUUUCAUUGGGAUGUUCCACAAGCUCUUGAAGAUGAGUAUGGUGGUUUCUUAAGUCCUCACAUUAUUGAUGACUUCCAAGACUAUGCGGAGCUUUGUUUCAAAGAGUAUGGUGAUAGAGUUAAGCACUGGAUCACCUUGAACGAGCCAUGGAGUGUCUGCAAUGGAGGAUACAACACGGGCACCCUAGCACCGGGACGAUGUUCUAAAUGGGUUGGAAACUGUACUAGUGGGAAUUCUGCGACUGAGCCCUACUUGGUAGCCCACUACCAGCUUCUUGCUCAUGCGGCUGCUGUGAAAGCAUACAAGGAUAAGUACCAGGCAACUCAAAAGGGAAACAUUGGAGUGACACUAGUGUCACAAUGGAUGGUCCCUUACUCAAAGGACAAUUCCAACAUUGCUGCGGCCCAAAGAGCUCUCGAUUUUAUGUUUGGAUGGUUCAUGCAUCCAUUAACCUAUGGUGAUUAUCCACAAAGCAUGCGAUCUCUAGUUGGAAAGCGGUUACCGAAAUUCUCUGCAAAUCAGUCAAAGAUUGUAAAAGGAUCAUUCGACUUCCUCGGGCUAAAUUACUACACUGCUAGUUAUGCAGCUAAUGUUGCCUUCUCCAAUGAUGUUAAAAUGAGUUAUUCAACGGAUUCUCAUGCUAAUCUCACCACUGUGCGGAAUGGGAUCCCUAUUGGUCCAAGGACCGCUUCGGAUUGGUUGUAUGUAUAUCCCCGAGGAAUAUGGGAGCUGUUGCGUUAUACAAAGCAAAAAUACAAUAACCCAGUGAUUUAUAUCACUGAGAAUGGGAUAUCAGAGUUCAACAAUAAUACAGAGACAUUGGAGAAAGCGUUGACAGAUAACAUGAGAAUAGAUUAUUACUACCAUCAUCUUUUAUUCCUCAACAAAGCCAUCAAGGAGGGUGUUGAUGUAAGGGGAUAUUUUGCAUGGUCAUUAUUGGACAACUUUGAGUGGGCCGAUGGUUACACAGUUCGAUUUGGCAUUACCUUUGUCGAUUACAAAAAUGGGUUGAAGAGGUACCUGAAGCACUCAGCCUAUUGGUUUAAAAGGUUCCUCCAGGGUUAGACCACUAGAAGAUUCCAUGACAAUGUACUUAUAUUCUUUUGUGUUAAUUAGCCCAUUUUUAGUUAAGACUCUUCACCUCUUCUUCUUUACAAUAACUUCUGCAAUUUAUUUACCACACCGAGGUAUCCAAACUGAUAAGUGAGCCUCACAGUUGGAUAGGAUAAGCUAUGUACUAGUUGCCAUUACAUUGUUUCAAUAAUAAAAUCAAAACUUUAUUACAUCA